AUGUCUCUGUCAAAAACAUGGGCGAGAAAUGCUGAGAAGUGGAAGCAAGAGUUUCUCGUAUGCCCGAAGCAGCCAGCUUUAGGAAGCUGGCUGAUGAUUGCCGGCAACGGCUUGGGCUGCAAGAUCUGUUUUUUGGCGGAGCAGAAGACUGAGUUCGGGCGGUGCCUUCUGACGUCGCCUCGCCAGAUCAGCUUGGACAGGUUCCGAAAGCACCAAGCCACAGAGGUUCACCUGCGAAGCUUGGCGCGGUUGGUGGGCUGCGAGUGCUGUACUUCGAAGCUUGAUGAUGUGGUGGAUUCCAGGGAUGCUCCUUCCUUUGCAGAUUUUCAGAGAAUGCUGGAUAUGCGACGGAGUGGAAUCAGCUUGCGCAAGACAGGCUUCUGUAAGAAAGCAGCGUGCCUCCAGUACUGUCUUGGAGAAGCACUUCGGGAGCAACUGCGAUCGGCUCUCAGGUCCUGCGUGACGAUUGUCACGCAUGCGGAUGGCAAGAACAAGCGGUUCACGAUGCAUUUCACGGCAGUGGACCGAGACCUCGAGAUCAUCAAGAGCACUUUUGGGCAUGCAUGGCAGCAGGCAGCAGAAUACAACCCUGUGGAGGGCUACGUGCGGCUUGUGGACCAGGUCUUGAAGAACUUCUGCACGCCACUGGCGUCUCCCCCCAAAGCCAAGAGAGCUCCAGAGCUGUUUGACAGGGAGUUGUACAAUCUGCUGCGUGAGAAGCAUUCGGCUUUCAACACGGAUGCCUGCAAAGUCAUCAUUCUGGCAGGCCAGGAGGUCGUCAACCAUUUGGGCACGAACCCGGAUCCACUUUUUCCCAAUGCUGUGGCCUGGAUCAAAGAUCACACGCAUUCUGCGCGAAGGAGACUUGGCGAGGUAAAUGAAGAUGUGGAGUAA